GAAGUAAGCCUCGGGGUAGAAAAGAUGACUUGAAACACGGAGAAACAGAGAAGAAGACAGAGAUCCGAGCAAGAUCAAACAAACACGCGCACACUCUGAAUCUCAGAUCAAUCUCGAACCUCUCACCUCUUCUCUUUCAAUUCCGUUUCUCCAUUAUCAAUCAAUUGAUCUAAAUAACUAUAAAUCAUCAAUCACAAUGUCGCUCAACAUGAAAACCCUAACCCAAGCUCUAGCAAAAACCGCAGCAGUAAUCGAGAAAAGGGUGCAAACAACGGUGCAGGAGGUAACCGGUCCGAAGCCACUUCAAGACUACGAGCUUCUCGAUCAGAUCGGUUCGGCCGGACCGGGUUUAGCUUGGCGGCUUUAUUCGGCACGGGCUCGGGAUCCGUCGCGGCAGCAUCAAUAUCCUGUUGUGUGCGUUUGGGUGUUGGAUAAACGGAGUUUGUCGGAGGCGAGAAUGCGGGCGGGAUUGACGAAAGCGGCGGAGGAUUCGUUUUUGGAUUUGAUUCGGACGGAUGCGGGGAAGCUUGUUAGGCUUAGGCAUCCUGGAGUUGUGCAUGUUGUUCAGGGACUUGAUGAGAGUAAGAACGCGAUGGCGAUGGUCACGGAGCCGUUGUUUGCUUCUGUUGCGAAUACGCUUGGGAAUCUGGAUAAUGUUGCUAAUGUUCCUAAGGAUCUUAGGGGAAUGGAAAUGGGAUUGUUGGAGGUGAAGCAUGGUUUACUUCAGUUGGCGGAAUCGUUGGAUUUUCUUCACAAUCAGGCUCAUCUUAUUCAUCGAGCUAUAUCUCCUGAGAAUGUUUUUAUCACAUUGAGCGGAGCCUGGAAACUUGGUGGAUUUGGUUUUGCAAUUCCUGCUUCGCAGAACCAUGGCGAGUUAUCUAAUCAGCAAGCCUUCCAUUAUGCUGAAUAUGACGUUGAAGACUCUAUUUUGCCACUUCAGCCAUCGAUUAAUUACACUGCUCCCGAGAUGGUGAGGAGCACUGCUUCUUCAGCUGGGUGCUAUUCUGAUAUUUUCAGUUUUGGAUGCCUUGCCUACCAUUUGAUUGCUCGCAAGCCUUUGUUUGACUGCCACAACAAUGUGAAGAUGUACAUGAAUACCUUGACUUACUUAUCCAGUGAUGCUUUCUCAUCUAUCCCAUCGGAACUAGUUCCUGACUUGCAAAGGAUGCUCUCUUCAAAUGAAUCUUACAGGCCAAGUGCGAUGGAUUUCACAGGCUCACAGUUUUUUCGGAAUGACACUAGGUUACGUGCUCUGCGCUUCUUGGACCACAUGCUUGAAAGAGAUAACAUGCAGAAGUCAGAGUUCUUAAAAGCCUUGUCAGAUAUGUGGAAAGAUUUUGAUUCCCGUGUAUUGCGAUACAAGGUCCUUCCACCACUUUGUGCAGAACUUAGGAAUGUAGUGAUACAGCCAAUGAUUCUACCAAUGGUUCUGACCAUUGCAGAGUCUCAGGACAAAAAUGAUUUUGAGCAAUCAACACUUCCAGCCCUUGUCCCUGUCUUAAGCACUGCUUCUGGUGACACAAUGCUACUGCUUCUGAAGCAUGCUGAUCUAAUAAUAAACAAGACUACUCAAGAACAUUUAAUUUCACAUGUUCUUCCAAUGAUUGUUCGGGCCUAUGAUGAUAAUGAUGCACGUUUACAAGAAGAGGUCCUGAAAAAGACUGUAUCCCUCACCAAACAACUUGAUCCCCAGCUGGUAAAGCAAGUGAUUUUACCCCGUGUUCAUGGACUAGCACUCAAAACAACGGUUGCCGCGGUUAGAGUCAACGCUUUGCUGUGCCUAGGAGAAAUGGUUAACCGACUUGAUAAAAAUGCUGUCCUGGAAAUCUUGCAAACUAUUCAGCGCUGUACCGCUGUUGACCAUUCUCCUCCAACCCUUAUGUGUACCCUUGGGGUUGCAAAUUCUAUUUUUAAGCAGUAUGGAGUAGAAUAUGUUGCUGAACAUGUUCUUCCAUUGCUUAUGCCACUCCUGACUGCUCAACAACUCAAUGUUCAACAGUUUGCCAAAUAUAUGCUUUUUGUCAAGAAUAUACUCCAGAAGAUAGAAGAGAAGCGUGGAGUUGUUGUGACUGAUUCUGGGCUCCCAGAGGUAAAAUUAUCUCCUGCAGUUAAUGGCCUUCAGGUUGAUGCUCCGAGGACAAUCAACAGCACUAUUUCUACUCCAACAAAAAGCAGCUCCUCUUGGGAUGCAGAUUGGGGUCCCAAAACAACGAGAACAGCUAAUUAUGUUACAAAUCCUACUAAUACAUCUAGUCAGCCAGUGAUAGGAAACCCUGUGGGCCAAGUAGCAUCUUUACAAAAUCCUUUGUCCUUAUCUGGUGUAUCUAAUCAACAGACAGCCAAAUCAUGUCCUUCAGUAGAUAUAGAGUGGCCGCCCCGUGCAUCUUCAGGAGUUACCUCACAAUUUGGCGAUACCGAAAGGCAAACAGUUGCAGCAGGAACCUCAUCCACAUCUAAUAAUGAAGAUGAUGAUCCUUUUGCCGACUGGCCUCCGCGCACUAGUGGCCCAUUAUCUGGUGGAUUUGGAAAUUCUAACAAUGGUACUUCAGGAAUGCCACUAAACAACUUAGGGCAUAAUUCAAUGACAAGCAUUUCAAGCAAUCUUCAAGCCAGCAACAAUUGGUCUGUCAACCCGAAUAAUGGCUUUCAACCUCAGAGUCCUAUUGGGCUCCUAAAACAAAGCCAGGCCUUUCCAGCAUCAAAUGUUGUUUCGUCAUCAUAUAAUAACGUUAAAUCAACCGAUCUUGGAUCAAUAUUUUCUUCCAACAAGAAUGAGCAAAUUGCACCUAGACUUGCUCCACCCCCUUCAACCACAGUGGGUAGAGGGCGGGGAAGAGGGAGGGGUGCUACUUCAACCAAACAGCCCUCUCAUACAAAGUCAAGCACUGAGCAGCCACACCUUUUGGAUUUGUUGGGGUAACUAGCUUCUGUUAUUGUUCUCUCAGACUGUAUAUUUAUGCAACAAUCAUGUUGAAUGCUCAGAGACAUUUGCUAUAAAGGAGGAAAUUGCAGAAAAUCUUGCCACGCUACAUCUGCUGUAAGAGACUAUGUAAAGGUUUUGUUGUAUGUUGCUUAGUCUAUCUAUAGUGAUCUUGCAAAAAUUUGGAUUAUUAUGUUAAAUUUUUUGGUCGCAAUAUAUGUCUUGCUAUAUUCUUAGGGUGUCAGGCAAAUUGUAUUCAGAAAAGUCCUGAUUACUGCGACUGAGUUGAAAAUAAUAAAAUUAAGUUUCUUCUUGAACGAGAA